AUGUCUCCAGAAGGAAAAAAGCUUUUCAACAUCAUUAUUUUGGGAGUCUCAUUUAUGUUUAUAUUCACUGCUUUCCAAUCCUGUGGAAAUAUCGCACAAACUGUUAUCACGAAUUUAAACAACACAGACUUCCAUGGCAGUGGCUACACAAGCAUGUCCAUUAUUUAUGGGGUAUUGUCUGCAUCAAAUCUUGUAUCACCUUCACUGGUUGCAAUAGUGGGACCUCAAUUCUCCAUGGUUGUUAGUGGUGUGUUUUAUAGCCUGUACAUUGCAGUCUUUAUCCAGCCAGCUACAUGGGCUUUCUACACUGCCUCUGUGCUUAUUGGCAUUGCAGCUGCUGUCCUCUGGACAGCCCAGGGAAAUUGCUUGACUGAAAAUUCUGAUGAAAACACCAUUGGAAGGAACAGUGGAAUAUUUUGGGCACUCCUACAGUUCAGCUUGAUUUUUGGAAAUCUGUAUAUAUACUUGGCUUGGCAAGGAAAAACUCACAUAUCAGAGAGCGAUCGCAGAACUGUCUUCAUUGCUCUGACUGUUAUCAGUCUUGUGGGCACAGUUCUGUUCUUUCUGAUUAGGAAACAAGAGGACACAAAAGCUCCAGGGGAUGAUGAUUCCACUAAUGAACAAGUAAUUUGUUUACCCAGGUCUGCACGAAACAAAAUGAUGAGAGCAGUGGCUGCCUUCAAGAAAUCUAUUACACUGAGCUUCACCAAAGAGAUGCUGCUUCUCAGUGUUACCACAGCCUACACAGGUUUGGUGUUAACAUUCUUUUCUGGAGUGUAUGGAACAUGCAUUGGUGCUGUGAAUAGGUUUGGCAGUGAAGAGAAAAGCCUGAUUGGUCUCUCUGGUAUUUUUAUUGGUGUUGGAGAAAUCUUGGGGGGAGGAAUCUUUGGCUUGCUCAGCAAGAAGGGUCGCUCUGGCAGGAACCCAGUGGUGAUGCUGGGCAUCCUUGUCCACUUCAUAGCCUUUUAUUUAAUUUUUUUCAACAUGCCAAAUGAUGCCCCCAUUGCUCCUAUGGAAGGAACAGAUCAAGUUGCUUAUAUGAUUCCAAGCAAAGAGGUGGCCAUGCUCUGCAGCUUCCUGCUGGGGCUGGGGGACAGCUGCUUCAACACCCAGCUCCUCAGCAUUUUGGGAUUCCUGUAUUCAGAGGACAGUGCUCCUGCCUUUGCCAUCUUUAAGUUUGUCCAGUCCAUCUGUGCUGCAGUUGCCUAUUUCUACAGCAACUAUUUCCUGCUGCAGUGGCAGCUCCUGAUCAUGGUGCUGGUGGGAUUCUUUGGAACAAUCACCUUCUUCACUGUGGAGUGGGGAGCAGCAGCAGCUCUGGCUGCCCGUGGCUCUGACUACAGCAGCAUCUGAUCCCUGUGCCAGGAGGAACAGCACGUGGGCUUUGGGAAGUGGCAGAAAGGGGAAAAGUUGCUGCAGAGGUUGAGCUGGAGGAAGCUGCUGCUUCAGUCCAACUGAAUGUGAAACAGGAGGGAAAAAAAUGCCACAUUUGAAAGGCUUUUAUUCCUUGCUUUGGUCAUCUGAGCGUGGUAUUGUGUUGUUAAAAAUCUGGUAUUGGGAAUAGCAGGAAAUGUAGGGACCCAUGUAUUGAACAAUUCUCUUCUGAGAUGUCCCUUACAGAAUGUAAUUGCCUAAUUUCACUCUACCAUGCUCUACAGAAUUAGUUUGGGGUUUUGUCCCUUAAAUUAUUUUUCCUAUAUUCUAGUUCUGCAGGCAUUUGAAUUCCUGUAUUGAAUGAGUGAUAUUUUUAUAAGGUAGAUUAUAUUGCAGAUCGUGUCUGCACAGCUGAGAAAUCAAUUUGACAUUGAAUUUUUCAACAAUUAGAUGUGAGGAAGUAUUUCUGUGGGAAAUGUUGCCUUAUUCUGUAUCCCUCAGCUCCUUGUUUCCCAACCAUUUGUUUAUUAAUCUGUUUCAUGUUCUU